GAGUACUGUAAGAAGAAGAAGCAGAAGUGAGAUAGAGGAGGAGAAGGAAGACGACUCAUGUUAGAAAAAUGAAAAAGUUCACAUUCAAAGGAGUUCUAGAUGGAUUUCGACAAAGCGUUCAGCCCCAAGCCACACGACAGGAGCAGGAGAUCCAAGAGCAGCUCAAGGCCGAUCAUUUCACAUUGAAGAAAACCUUUCGCCAUGGCUUUCCGUACUCGCCCACAUCCUUUGCCUUCGAUCCGGUGCAGAAACUAAUAGCGAUUGGGGACAAAUCGGGCUACAUCCGCAUAUUGGGAAAGCCUGGCGUCGAUGCCCAUGCCAAACACGAGGGCGAAUCCGAGUGCGCCGUGCUCUUUGCCCAGUUCCUGGUCAAUGAGGGGGCCCUCGUCACCGUCACCGCUGAUGACACCAUACACUUGUGGAGCAUACGCCAAAAGACACCGCGCAUUGUGCAAAGUCUAAAGUUUCAGCGGGAGCGCGUGACUUGCAUACACGUGCCCGUGGGCAGCAAAUGGCUGUACGUGGGCACUGAGAAGGGAAACAUACACGUUGUUCACAUAGAUACAUUUGCACUUAGUGGAUAUAUUAUUAACUGGAAUAAAGCAAUUGAAGUGGUUAGAACUAGUCAUCCAGGUGCUGUGAUUGCGUUAUGUGAUAAUCCAUUGGAUGCAAACAAGUUGCUUCUUGCAUUUGAGUGCGGGCUGCUUGUGUUGUGGGAUCUGAAGGCGAAAUGCGCUGAGAUACGAUGGCAGGCGGCCGAGGCUGUCAAGUCCCUGGCUUGGCACUACGAGGGCAAGUACUUUGUAUCAUCGCACACGGAUGGCUCCAUUUGUUCGUGGCCCACCAGGCCUCAGCCCAAGCCACAGUCGCAGGUUUGUCCGCACGCGAAAAUCAACAAAGAUGGCAAUGCGGAAAAAUGUAAACCGAUCUAUAAAGUUGACUUGAAGUCCAGCACAACUGGUGAAACUUUCACAAUUUUCUCUGGUGGCAUGCCGUCUGAAAAGGGCUCAAAGUCGAAUUGCAUCACCGUGAUGGUCGGCAAGGCCACAACGGUGCUGGAGAUGGAGCAUGCUGUAUGCGAUUUCAUCACCCUCUGCGAAAAUCCCUGGCCAUGCGAGACCCAGGAGCCCUAUGCAAUAGCUGUGCUGCUUCAAUACGACUUAGUAUUAAUAGACUUAUUAACACCCGGUUUUCCAUGUUUUGAAUCGCCUUAUCCAAUGGACUUACACGAAUCACCUGUUACAUGUUGCACAUAUUUAACCGAUUGCCCAUCGGAUUUGGUUCCUGCUUUCUAUUCUGUUGGUCGGACAACGACAAGUAAAAAAAGUUGCUUCUCGGAGCGCGAAUGGCCAAUAUCGGGCGGAGAGUGGUCGCCGGCGUCGUGCAGCUACUCGGAGAUUGUCAUCACCGGGCACCAGGAUGGUAGCCUCAAGUUCUGGGACUCAGGUGCCGGUACACUUCAGAUACUCUACAAGCUGAAAACGGCCAAAAUGUUCGAGAAGCCGCGCACUCAUGCGGCCCAGGCCCAUGCGGAUGCCGACAAUCCGCUGGCCGUGCAUCUGAUAUUCCUCUGCUCGGAGUCGCGACGUCUCUGCGUUGCCGGGGCCAUGGGGCAGGUGAUGUUGUUUAAGUUUCGGAAGCUCGAGUCCACAUCGGAGGUCCUGGUGCUGGAGAUACCCAUACUCUAUGAGAAUUUUGAUGACAUUUAUGGCACGAGUCCUGAAUGCGAUUUCCUAACUGGCCAUCAGGUGCAGAAAACGGAAUCCAGUGAUUCGGACAAGACGACGGACUGCUCGUUAAAGGUUCGCUUUGGGGCACAGCGGAAGCCGCCGGGCUUUCAGUCGCAGCUGGUGUGCCUCACCACCGGACCCAAUCGCCGGAAUGUUCAGGUCACAUCGCUGUGCAUCAGCUCCAGUUAUGGCCUAAUGGCUUAUGGUACCGAAUAUGGACUUGUCAUAAUUGAUAUAAUCCAAAAAAUUUGCCUCUUGAGUGUUGCAUGCCCCGAUCUGUAUGGCGCACAUGAUCCUUACUCGCGAACACCAAAAAGUCCGAAACGCAUUGAGAAUAAAGAGGAGCAGAGUCGAUCGCCCAGCUCAGAUCAGAUCAACGGCGGAGCCGGCAAUGCGGCGAAUGCGAGCGCAGCCGCAAAUGCACCGCAGCAGCAGCAGCAACAAACCCAACAGCUGCGGCAGGGACAACAGCAGCAUCGACCUCAGCUUCAUCGUCGUCGACAGCAGCAGCAGCAGCGGCAGCAUCAGCAUCAGCAGCAGCAGCCAGCAGCGGGAUCAGUUUACGGUGCAGACGAUGCAGGUGCGGGUGUUGCUAGUGGCGGUGUCGGUGUUGGUGUUGGUGGUAUUGGUAGUGGCAGUGGUAGUGCCAAAUCUGGCGCAGGUGCGGGCGGCGUUGGCGUCGUUGAACAUCAUCAUCAGCAGCCGCAGCAGCAGCAGCAGCAGCAGAUACUCGUGCAGCAGCAGCAGUCAAGCUUGAGCUCUACGUUGGCGGCGAUGGCAUCCUUUGACGUUGAUUCAUUCGAUUGCGGUGCAGGUGCAGGUGGAGGUGGAGGCGGAGGCGGUGCAGGUGCAGGUGCGCAUCAACAUCAAUAUCAGCAUCCGCAUCCGCAUCAGCAUCAGCAUCAAACAUCCGUAAUACAGCAACAGCAGUCAGUGACAUCGUACGAGUCCCUAAAAAAGUCCAAAUCACAAGAUAAAUUGGAUGGAACUUUCUCAAGAUCCAGAUCAUCGUCAAUGUCCAGCAUUGAUAUGUCUUCCUCUGAAUCUGUUACCUGUUUAGCUUUUAUCGAGAGCUAUGCAAAACGAAAUGAUAUUUUGACACUUGUUCCUACUUUGUGGAUUGGAACUAGUUUCGGUUCGAUACUGACCUUGUUCAUAACCAUGCCGGAACGAGAUGUACGCAAAUCUCAGCCAGUAUUGAUCACAAUAAAUGGCGGCCCCGUGGUUCGACUCAAAGGCUCCAUUACUUCCAUGUCUUUUUUAGACUCAUACGGCUCUAUCAUACCCUUUACAUUUGAGACCUGGCGUGACGAGAAGAGGGACAAAACAGAUCGCACUCCCACUAAGAGCAGCAGCCGCACCAGUCCCACUUUCACACCAACAACUGCCAAUACAAUAUCAAACACUUCGGUCGCUGGAGGCGUGGCGGGUAGUGCUGGUGGCGGUGGUGGUGGCAGUGGCAGUGGCGGCGGUGGUACCGGUGGAGCCGCUGGAGCAGCAGGAACCGCUGGCGGUGCAGCUGGCACCGGGAUUGCAGGCAGUGGCAGUGUGGCAGGUGGCGGCGCUGGUGCGGGCAGCAGUGGCGCCGUCGGUGGGAUGAUCAGCAGCAGUGCCAGCCCCAGCAGCAGCGGCAACAUUGGCAGCAUUAGCACCGGCCUGGAAACACUCACCGAUCGACAAUAUAUCGUUAUUGCAAGCGAGAAACAAACAAAAGUCUUCGAUGUGGCCAAUCAGUGCUGCAUCAAUCGCAUACAAUUAUCGGAAAUGGAUUUUGCAGUCAAGGCAGAAACUAUCACGAUGAAGGAUGGCUCUUGCUUAGCAACCUAUCUUUCGAAUGGCCAUCUAAUGGUACAUAGUCUUCCUAGUCUAAAACUGUUAUUGGAUACUGAUUUCUUACCGCUUAUGGAGUUAAGUUUUCAAACAAAAUGUAAACAGGGAAUUGUGGAUCCAAUGCUUUCGAUAUGGGGUCAACAGAUCAUUGUUCAUGAAGACACAACUCAAAUAUCAAAAAUAUUUUGCUUUAGUCAUAAAGGUCAUGGAUUGUACAUGGCAUCGCCCACCGAAAUUCAAAAAUUCACGAUAUCAUCGGAAUUCUGUCAAUUUAUUUUGGAGAUGAUGGGUGAACUAUAUACGGUACAGGAAAUGCCCGAACAACCGAAGGAGGGUUUCUUUAAGGGUCUGUUUGGCGGCGGGGCGAAACUCUUGGAUCGCGAAGAGCUUUUUGGCGAGCAGAGCGGGAAAGCAAAUCGUUCGGUUGCUCGGCAUAUACCCGGGCCGACUUUGGAGCAGCUCGGCACACGUGCUUCCACAGCCGCAUCGGAGAUUAGUCGGGCGCACCAGCUGGCCAUGGAGCGUGGCGAGAAACUCAAUAUUUUGGAGGAGCGCGCCGAGCGUAUGGCCAAUACAGCUCAAGAUUUCAGCGGUACAGCGCAUCAAUUAAUGCUUAAAUAUAAAGACAAAAAGUGGUAUCAGUUGUAAAAUAUCUAUUUUAGGAGCCAAUUCUACCACAGUUAUUGUAAUAUUGCUUUUAUAACACUUUCUACUACAUUACGAGUAAAGUACACUUAUUUAAUUUCUGUUUUCAAGUCGUCACGUUAUUUACAAAAACAACCAAAAACAAAAACAAACAAAACAAAACCAACA